CUCUCCCCUCCCUGACCUAAUGUUAUUCAUCCUCUUCUCCUCCCCCUGCUUGUUGCCAGGCUCCCUCCUUCUUUCUGUCGCUGCCGAGACAGACGGACGCAGCUUAGGGAGCCUUUGCUCCAGGAGAAGGGUGACGUGUCUGUAGAGGAACCCCAAACUCUUGCUGCCUUUCCCUCAGCUUCCUUCAGGACCGAGAGCAGGGCAGGUGCAAAGACUCAAGAAACUAGCCUCAAACCACCCUCCCUGCUCCCUCAGGCCCCUGAAUGAUAUCCACCAGAGACCCCUUGGGCCCCAGCCUUGUCCUCUUGGUGCUGCUGGGGGUAGCAGGGGCUGGACCCUUCCCUCCACGUUCCAAUGAGACAGCCUCAACCCCACGACUCCCUCCCCAUCCAGGGGGGCGGACAGCAGGUCCUGGAGGUGGAGGAUCAUCCUCUAAGCUCUAUGAACAUACAGUAGAAGGAGGUGAAAAACAGGUGGUAUUCACCCAUAGAAUCAACUUGCCUUCUUCAGCCAACUGUGGCUGCCCUCCAGGUGCUGAACCUCCUGCCCCUGCCUCUGAGGUGCAGGCCUUGAGGGUGAAGCUUGAAGCCCUAGAAGAGCUGGUGAAGGGGCUUAAGGAACAAUGCCAGGGUGGAUGCUGCCCCGCUGCUGCCCAGGCUGGAACAGGGCAGACAGACGUGAGAAGCCUAUGUAGCCGCCAUGGUGUCUUUGACCUGGGCCGCUGUGCCUGUUCUUGUGAGCCAGGCUGGGCUGGUCCCACCUGCUCAGAUCCCAUAAGCUCUUCAUCCACCUCCUCUUGUCCUGAUGAUUGCAACGACCAGGGUCGCUGCGUGGAGGGUCGGUGUGUGUGCUUCCCCGGCUACACAGGGCCCUCUUGCGGUUGGCCUGCCUGCCCAAGAGACUGCCGGGGUCGGGGCCGGUGUGUCCAGGGCGUAUGCGUAUGUAGGGCUGGCUUCACGGGUGAAGACUGUGGAACCCGGGCCUGCCCCAAGGACUGUAGCCAAAGAGGCCUCUGUAAGGAUGGGAAGUGUGUGUGUGACCCAGGCUACAGCGGCGAGGACUGCGGGACCAGGAGCUGCCCCCGGGGCUGCAACCAGAGGGGCAGAUGCGAGGAUGGGCGGUGUGUGUGUGACCCAGGCUACAGCGGUGAGGACUGCGGGACCAGGAGCUGCCCCCGGGGCUGCAACCAGAGGGGCAGAUGCGAGGAUGGGCGGUGUGUGUGUGACCCAGGCUACAGCGGUGAGGACUGUGGGACCAGGAGCUGCCCCAGGGACUGUGGCGACGGUGGGCGUUGCGUGGGUGGGCGCUGUGUAUGCUGGCCAGGGUACUCUGGGGAGGACUGUAGCGUCCGGACUUGCCCUCGUGACUGCCAUGGUCGGGGUCGUUGUGAGGAUGGGGAAUGUAUUUGUGAAGCCGGGUACAGCGGAGAUGACUGCGGGGUACGGAGCUGCCCCCAGAACUGCAAUCAGCGAGGGUACUGUGAGGAAGGGCGUUGUGUGUGCUGGCCAGGCUACACUGGAGAUGACUGCGGGAGCCGAGCCUGCCCUCUAGAUUGCCGGGGCCGAGGUCGCUGUGAGAACGGAGCAUGCGUCUGCAAUGCCGGAUACAGCGGUGCAGACUGUGGAGUGCGCACUUGUCCUGGGGAUUGCUUAGGCCGGGGCCGCUGUGAGAAUGGCCGUUGCGUGUGCUGGCCCGGCUACACGGGCAAGGACUGUGGUACUCGAGCCUGCCCAGGAGAUUGUCGAGGCAGGGGCAGGUGCCAGGACGGGCGCUGUGUCUGCGAACCUGGCUACGCGGGUGACGACUGCGGGAGCCGUCGAUGCCCCGCUGAUUGCAGAGGCAGAGGGCGAUGUGAGGAUGGGGUAUGCGUGUGUGACAGGGACUAUACUGGAGAAGACUGUAGUCAAAGGAGAUGCCCUGGGGACUGCCGGGGCCAGGGGCAGUGCCAGGAGGGGAUCUGUGCAUGCGAUACUGGCUACACAGGGGAAGACUGUGGGAUAAGAAGUUGUCUCCGGGACUGCAGCCACCAAGGUGUCUGCCAUGACGGGGUGUGUGCUUGUUGGGAGGGCUACACUGGAGAUGACUGUAGCCUGCGCACCUGCCCCGGAAACUGCAACCGACGGGGCCGCUGUGAAAAUGGCCGAUGUGUGUGUGCCACUGGCUAUACAGGUCCAGCCUGUGGUACCCGCACCUGUCCCAGGGACUGUUGGGGCAGAGGCCGCUGCAUCCAGGGAGUGUGUGUGUGUCAGGAAGGCUACAGUGGGGAAGACUGUGGCCAGGAGGAACCACUGGCUGGAAGCUGCCCUGGGGGCUGCGGACCCCGGGAGCUCUGCCGAGCUGGUCAGUGUGUCUGCGUGGAAGGCUUCGAAGGGCCGGACUGUGCUACCAGGACUUGUCCUGGAGACUGCCGGGGUCGUGGGAAGUGCCAGGAAGGGAGCUGCAUAUGCAAAGACGGCUAUGCAGGAGAGGACUGUGGGGAGGAGAUAUCUCCAAUAACAGGAAUGAGGAUGCAUUUGUUGGAAGAAACAACAGUUCGGACUGAGUGGACUCCAGCCUCAGGACCUGUGGAUGCUUAUGAAAUCCGAUUCAUCCCUACAACAGAGGGAACAGGCCGCCCAUUCUCUGCUCGGAUCCCCAGUUCGGCUUCAACCUAUGACCAGAGGGGACUGUCCCCAGGCCAGGAGUACCAGGUCACUGUCCGACCUCUACGAGGUUCUAGCUGGGGACCUCCUACCUCCCAGACCAUCACCACCAUGAUUGAUGGCCCCCAGGAUCUUCGGGUCACAGCUGUGACUCCCACUACCAUGGAGCUAAGCUGGCUCCGUCCCCAAGCUGAAGUAGACCGCUUUGUGGUGUCCUACGUCAGUGCUGGCAACAAGCGGGUACGGCUAGACGUGGCACCUGAAGAAGACAGAACCCUGUUGACCGGGCUGAUGCCUGGCGUGGAGUAUGUGGUGACCGUCACUGCUGAAAGGGGCCAUGCUGUCAGCUACCCGGCCUCUGUCAGAGCCAACACAGCACCAGCCCACCACAAUUACCGGGACACCCGUCCCCCAGCCCCACCCCCUCGACCCCGACCCCCACCCAGACCCCGACCCCGACCAGGUCCCCGACCUGACCUGGAUCCCCGGCCACCACGGCCUGUGGAAGAGGAAGAUCCAAAGGUGCCCUUGGGGCUUCCCCCACCACGGUUCUUGAGGAACCUCACAUCAAAACUAGGCUCUUCCUGGGGCUCUGUACAGGAUGUGGAGCGGUACCUACGAGCCUCUGGCUACUCCCUCCGUGGCAACCAGACCUACACCUCAGUGGCCCGCUCCAUCUAUGCCUACCUACAGCGCUGGGCAGCCGGGUUUCCUGCACCCCCAUCACCACUGUCCCACAAGCCCCAACCCACUGCCUAUCUGGACCCAGAUGCCAGGAAACCGAAUUCUGCCAGAGACACCCAUGGCCACAUCCCUGAAGGUGUGGACAAGGAGGAAGGGGGGCACGUCUCACUUCCCAGUCCUUCCCCUCGCCACCCCAAGCCUGAAGUGCUGGGCACCUCAGCCGAUGGGACCUUGCUGGUCUCCCUGGAUGGGCUCCGGGGCCACUUUGAUCAGGUGGUACUGCGCUGGCAGCCCCUCUCUCCCAUGGAAGGGCCCAGUGGGGACCUUGCAGUACCAGGGGCAACACGCACCGCCCGCUUGCCUGGCCUGAGGCCUAGCACUACCUACCAUGUGGAGGUCCAUGGGGUCCAGGAUGGGCAGGCCUCCAAGUCCUACGCCUUCAUCACCACUACAGGCCCCUUUGGUGCCACAGAUGAGCCUCCUGUCUUAGAGCUGUCCCCAUCACCAACAACCCAGGGGGUUCAGGCACCCAUCAUGACACGCCCAGUUAAUAAGACUGGGACACAUUUUGUCCCACCUCGACUUGGGGAGUUGCAGGCUCUGGUUGUGUCCUCAAACUUCAUCAAACUCUACUGGACUGUUCCUGAGGGCCAGUUUGACUCCUUCCUAAUCCAAUAUAAAGACAAGAGUGGAAAACUCCAGGUGGUGACAGUGGAAGGGUUCCAGCACUCUGUCCCCAUCUCCUCUCUGGAUCCUGGUCACAAGUACAAAUUCAUCCUUUAUGGGCUCACUGGCAAGAAGCACCAUGGCCCUCUCACUGUUGAGGCUAAGACAUGGAUUCCACCUCGCCUUGGAGAGUUGUGGGUAACAGACCCCACUUCUAAUUCCUUGCACCUCUCAUGGACUGUCCCUGAAGGCCAAUUUGAUUCCUUCCUGGUCCAAUAUAAGGACAAGGAUGGGCAGAUCCAGAUGGUUCCUGUGGAGGGACCUGAACGUUCCAUCACUGUCUCUCAACUGGAUCCCAACCGGAAAUAUAAAUUCAUUUUGUAUGGACUUGUUGGCAAGAAGCGUCAUGGUCCCCUCUCUGCUGAUGGAACUACAGCUACACAAUGGGAAGAACCUCCACGGACCACUGAAAGCCCUAAGCCCCGCCUGGGGGAGCUGACAGUGACAGAAGUGACUCAGAAUUCCCUGCGUCUCCUCUGGACCAUCCUUGAGGGGAAGUUUGACUCUUUUGUGGUCCAGUACAAAGACAAAGAUGGACAAUCCCAAGUGGUGCCUGUCGAGGUGGGCCAGAAUGAAGUUACCAUCUCUGACCUGCAGCCUUCCAGGAAAUACAAGAUGAAUCUCUAUGGGCUUCAGGGCAAACAACGGGUGGGCCCCAUUUCUGUGAUCGCCACAACAGGCUCAUUACCUGUAGAGCCCCAUUUAGGAGAGGUGACAGUAACAGAUGUGACCCCUGACUCCCUGCGCCUCUCCUGGACUGUCACUGAGGGAGAGUUUGACUCCUUUGAGAUUCAGUACAAUGACAGGAAUGGGCAACCACAGAUGAUAACCACAGAGGGCAAUCAGGAUGAGGUUACUAUACCUGACCUGGAGCACUCCCAGAAGUACAAGUUCUUUCUCUUUGGCAUCAAAGAUGGCAAACGCCAUGGGCCCAUCUCUGUCAAUGCAAAGACUAGAACCCCAACUCAACGCCCUUUGAAGCCUCGCUUUGGGGAGAAUCUGACAGUGGUGUCUGUGACUAGGGAUUCUGUACACUUAUCAUGGACCAUCCAGCAGGGCUCCUUUGACUCCUUUGUGGUCCAAUACAAAGACAAAGAUGGGCAGCUUCAGGCGGUGCCUGUGGAAGGGGACCAGAAUGAAGUUGUGGUUUCUGGCCUGGAGCCUUCUCGUGAAUACAAGAUGCUCCUGUAUGGAUUCCACUUGGGAAAGCAGCUGGGACCCAUCUCAGCUAUUGUUAUGACAGCACCACCAGAAGAAGAAACUCCAGUCCCCACAUCCCCAGCCACUGAAGAGCUACCCCGCCUGGAAGAGCUAAUGGUGACAGAUGCCACCUCAGACUCUCUUCACCUCUCUUGGACUGUUCCAGAAGGCCAGUUUGAAUCCUUCAUGAUCCAAUAUAAGAAUGGGGAUGGACAGCCUAAAGUUGUACGUGUCAAGGGUGAUAAAAACAUGGUCAUCAUCUCUGGCCUGGAGCCAGAUCAUAAAUACAAGCUGAAUCUUUAUGGUUUCCAUGAUGGACAACGUGUGGGCCCCAUCUCCAUCACUGGUGUCACUGCGUUACACGAAGGAGUGAAAGAGAUCCCAGCUCCCACAGUGCCAGCCACUGAGGCUCCUGAACCCACAGACAAGCCCCAGCUUGGGGAGCUGACAGUGACAGGGGCCACCCAGGAUUCCCUGCAGCUGUCCUGGACCAUCCCCCAGGGAGGCUUUGACUCCUUCACAAUCCAGUACAAAGACAAGGACGGGAGACCCCAGAUCGUACGUGUUGGAGGAGACCAGAAUGAGGUCACUGUCUCCGACCUGGAGCCUGACCACAGAUACAAGAUGAAUCUCUAUGGUUACCACGAUGGCCAGCGUGUGGGCCCAGUCUCUGUCACUGGUGUAACAGUCACUAUGGAGAAGACGCCGCCUCACGAGUUCCUUAAACCUCCUUUUAAACCUCACCUGGGAGAACUGACAGUAAUAGGUUCAACUCCAGUGUCCCUGCACCUCUCUUGGAGUGUCCCAGAGGGUCAGUUUGACUCCUUCAUGAUCCAGUACAAGAAUGGGGAUGGACAGCCUAAUGUGAAACGUAUUAGAGGUGAUCAGAAUGAGGUCAUCAUCUCUGGCCUGGAGUCUGAUCACAAAUACAAGAUGAAUCUCUAUGGUUUCCAUAACAAGGAGCGCAUAGGCCCUGUCUCUGCUAUUGGAGUAACAGCCCCCAAAAGAAAUGAAGAAACGACCCCAACUUCCACUGAACCCCCUCCUAAUCCCCGUCUGGGAGAACUGAAGGUAACAGAUGCCACCUCGGAUUCCUUGAACCUCUCUUGGACUGUCCCUGAGGGCCAAUUUGAUUCCUUCAUAAUCCAGUUCAAGAACAGAGAUGGACAGCCUAGAGCAGUGCAUGUUGAAGGACAUAAGGACACAGUCAUCAUCUCUGGCCUGGAGCCCAGUCACGUGUACAAGAUGAAUCUUUAUGGUUUUCAUGAUAGACAGCGUGUGGGUCCAAUCUCUACUAUUGGUGUAACAGUCUCACAAGAUGUGGAUCAAGCCUCUGCUCCCAUGGUACCAGUCACUGAGGCUCCUGAACCCACAGAGAAGCCCCAGCUUGGGGAGCUGACAGUGAUGGGAGUCACCCAAGAUUCCCUGCAGCUGUCCUGGACCAUCUCCCAGGGAGACUUUGACUCUUUCACAAUCCAGUACAAGGAUAAGAAUGGAAGACCCCAGGCCAUGCGUGUUGGGGGAGACCAGAAUGAGGUCACCAUCUCUGGCCUGGAGCCUGACCACAGAUACAAGAUGAAUCUCUAUGGUUACCAUGAUGGCCAGCGUGUGGGCCCAGUCUCUGUCAUUGGUCUAACAGUCAUAGAAGAAACCCCAGUUCCCACAGAGCCAGCCACUGAGGCACCUGAGCCCACAGAGAAGCCCCAGCUUGGGGAGCUGACAGUGACAGGAGCCACCCAGGAUUCCCUGCAGCUGUCCUGGACCAUCUCCCAGGGAGACUUUGACUCCUUCACAAUCCAGUACAAAGACAAGGAUGGGAGACCCCAGGCGAUGCGUGUUGGGGGAGAGCAGAAUGAGGUCACCGUCUCUGACCUAGAGCCUGAUCACAAAUACAAGAUAAAUCUUUAUGGUUUCCACAAUGGCCAGCGUGUGGGCCCAGUCUCUGUCACUGGCAAAACAGUCCCACAAAAAGUCAUAGAAGAGACCCCUGUGCCCACAGUGCCAGCCACUGAGGCUCCUGAACCCACAGAGAAGCCCCAGCUUGGGGAACUGAUGGUGAUAGGGGCCACCCAGGAUUCCCUGCAGCUCUCAUGGACCAUCUCCCAGGGAGACUUUGACUCCUUCACAAUCCAGUACAAAGACAGAUAUGGACAACCCCAGAUCAUGCGUGUUGAAGGAGACCAGAAUGAAGUUACCAUCUCUGACCUGGAGCCUAACCACAAAUACAAGAUGAAUCUCUAUGGUUACCAUGAUGGCCAGCGUGUGGGCCCAGUCUCUGUCAUUGGCAAAACUGUCCCACAAAAAGUCAUAGAAGAGACCCCUGUGCCCACAGUGCCAGCCACUGAGGCUCCUGAACCCACAGAGAAGCCCCAGCUUGGGGAGCUGAUGGUGACGGGGGCCACCCAGGAUUCCCUGCAGUUCUCAUGGACCAUCUCCCAGGGAGACUUUGACUCCUUCACAAUCCAGUACAAAGAUAGAUAUGGACAAUCCCAGAUCAUACGUGUUGGGGGAGACCAGAAUGAAGUCACUAUCUCUGACCUGGAGCCUGACCACAAAUACAAGAUGAAUCUCUAUGGUUUCCAUGAUGGCCAGCGUGUGGGCCCAGUCUCUGUCAUUGGCAAAACUGCUGCACACAAAGUUGAAGAAGAGACCCCUGUGCCCACAGUGCCAACCACUGAGGCUCCUGAGCCCACAGACAAGCCCCAGCUUGGGGAGCUGAUGGUGACAGGGGCCACCCAGGAUUCCCUGCAGCUCUCAUGGACCAUCUCCCAGGGAGACUUUGACUCCUUCACAAUCCAGUACAAAGAUAGAUAUGGACAACCCCAGAUCAUGCGUGUUGAAGGAGACCAAAAUGAAGUCACUAUCUCUGACCUGGAGCCUGACCACAGAUACAAGAUGAAUCUCUAUGGUUUCCAUCACGGCCAGCGUGUGGGCCCAGUCUCUGUCAUUGGCAAAACUGACCCACAGAAAGUCAUAGAAGAGACCCCUGUGCCCACAGUGCCAGCCACUGAGGCUCCUGAGCCCACAGAGAAGCCCCAGCUUGGGGAACUGACAGUGACAGGGGCCACCCAGGAUUCCCUACAGCUCUCAUGGACCAUCUCCCAGGGAGACUUUGACUCCUUCACAAUCCAGUACAAAGACAAGGAUGGGAGACCCCAGAUCAUGCGUGUUGAAGGAGACCAGAAUGAAGUUAUCAUCUCUGACCUGGAGCCUGACCACAAAUACAAGAUGAAUCUCUAUGGUUUCCAUGAUGGCCAGCGUGUGGGCCCAGUCUCUGUCAUUGGCAAAACUGACUCACACAAAGUAACAGAAGAGACACCAGCUCCCACAGUGCCAGCCACUGAGGCUCCUGAGCCCACAGAGAAGCCCCAGCUUGGGGAGCUGACAGUGACAGGGGCCACCCAGGAUUCCCUGCAGCUGUCCUGGACCAUCCCCCAGGGAGACUUUGAUUCCUUCACAAUCCAGUACAAAGACAAGGAUGGGAGACCCCAGAUCAUGCGUGUUGGGGGAGACCAGAAUGAGGUCACCGUCUCUGACCUGGAGCCUGACCACAGAUACAAGAUGAAUCUCUAUGGUUUCCAUGAUGGCCAGCGUGUGGGCCCAGUCUCUGUCAUCGGAAUAACAGUAGCAGAAGAGACCCCUGUGCCCACAGUGCCAGCCACUGAGGCUCCUGAACCCACAGAGAAGCCCCAGCUUGGGGAACUGAUGGUGAUAGGGGCCACUCAGGAUUCCCUGCAGCUCUCAUGGACCAUCUCCCAGGGAGACUUUGACUCCUUCACAAUCCAGUACAAAGAUAGAUAUGGACAACCCCAGAUCAUACGUGUUGGGAGAGACCAGAAUGAAGUUACGAUCUCUGACCUGGAGUCUGACCACAAAUACAAGAUGAAUCUCUAUGGUUACCAUGAUGGCCAGCGUGUGGGCCCAGUCUCUGUCAUUGGCAAAACUGCUGCACACAAAGUUGAAGAAGAGACCCCUGUGCCCACAGUGCCAACCACUGAGGCUCCUGAACCCACAGAGAAGCCCCAGCUUGGGGAACUGACAGUGACAGGGGCCACGCAGGAUUCCCUGCAGCUCUCAUGGACCAUCUCCCAGGGAGACUUUGACUCCUUCACAAUCCAGUACAAAGAUAGAUAUGGACAACCUCAGAUCAUGCGUGUUGAAGGAGACCAGAAUGAAGUUACCAUCUCUGACCUGGAGCCUGACCACAAAUACAAGAUGAAUCUCUAUGGUUUCCAUGACGGCCAGCGUGUGGGCCCAGUCUCUGUCAUUGGCAAAACUGACCCACACAAAGUAGAAGAGACCCCUGUGCCCACAGUGCCAGCCACUGAGGCUCCUGAGCCCACAGAAAAGCCCCAGCUUGGGGAACUGAUGGUGACAGGGGCCAGUCCAGACUCCCUUCAGCUGUCCUGGACCAUCUCCCAGGGAGACUUUGAUUCCUUCACAAUCCAGUACAAAGACAAGGAUGGGAGACCCCAGGCCAUGCGUGUUGAAGGAGACCAGAAUGAAGUUACCAUCUCUGACCUGGAGCCUGACCACAAAUACAAGAUGAAUCUCUAUGGUUUCCAUGAUGGCCAGCGUGUGGGCCCAGUCUCUGUCAUUGGCAAAACUGACCCACACAAAGUCAUAGAAGAGACCCCUGUGCCCACAGUGCCAGCCACUGAGGCUCCUGAACCUACAGAGAAGCCCCAGCUUGGGGAACUGAUGGUGACAGGGGCCAGUCCAGACUCCCUUCAGCUGUCCUGGACCAUCUCCCAGGGAGACUUUGACUCCUUCACAAUCCAGUACAAAGACAAGAAUGGGAGACCCCAGGCCAUGCGUGUUGGGGGAGACCAGAAUGAAGUUACCAUCUCUGACCUGGAGCCUGACCACAAAUACAAGAUGAAUCUCUAUGGUUUCCAUGAUGGCCAGCGUGUGGGCCCAGUCUCUGUCAUUGGCAAAACUGACCCACACAAAGUAGAAGAGACCCCUGUGCCCACAGUGCCAGCCACUGAGGCUCCUGAGCCCACAGAGAAGCCCCAGCUUGGGGAACUGACAGUGACAGGGGCCACCCAGGAUUCCCUGCAGCUGUCCUGGACCAUCUCCCAGGGAGACUUUGAUUCCUUCACAAUCCAGUACAAAGACAAGGAUGGGAGACCCCAGAUCAUGCGUGUUGAAGGAGACCAGAAUGAAGUUACCAUCUCUGACCUGGAGCCUGACCACAAAUACAAGAUGAAUCUCUAUGGUUUCCAUGAUGGCCAGCGUGUGGGCCCAGUCUCUGUCAUUGGCAAAACUGACCCACACAAAGUAGAAGAGACCCCUGUGCCCACAGUGCCAGCCACUGAGGCUCCUGAGCCCACAGAGAAGCCCCAGCUUGGGGAACUGACAGUGACAGGGGCCACCCAGGAUUCCCUGCAGCUCUCAUGGACCAUCUCCCAGGGAGACUUUGACUCCUUCACAAUCCAGUACAAAGACAAGGAUGGGAGACCCCAGGCCAUGCGUGUUGGGGGAGACCAGAAUGAAGUUACCAUCUCUGACCUGGAGCCUAACCACAAAUACAAGAUGAAUCUCUAUGGUUUCCAUGAUGGCCAGCGUGUGGGCCCAGUCUCUGUCAUUGGCAAAACUGUGCUAGAAGAAGAGACUCCAUCCCCCACGGUCUUAACCACUGAGGCCCCUACAGAAGUCUCUGUUAAACCUCAGCUAGGGAAGCUGACAGUGAUGAAGACCACCUCAGACUCUCUGCACCUCUCCUGGACUGUCCCUGAAGGCCAGUUUGACUCUUUCAUGAUGCAAUACAAGAACGGGGAUGGACAAUCUAAAGCAGUUCGCACUGGGGGCAGCCAAAAAGAAAUCAUCAUUUCUGGCCUGGAGCCUAAUCACAAAUACAAGAUGAAUCUCUUUGGCUUUUUUGAUGGCCAGCGUGUGGGUCCCAUCUCCACGACUGCUGUGACAGCUCCUGAAGACACUGAAGUCCCACCAGAACCCUACCUAGGGGAGUUAACUGUGACAGACGUAAGGCAGGACUCCCUGCACCUCAGCUGGAGUGUCCUUCAGGGCCCCUUCGACUCCUUUGUGAUCCAGUACAAAGAUAGAGAGGGGAAGCCCCAGGUGCUGCCAGUAGCAGGUGACCAGAGUGGGGUCACUGUCUCUGGCCUAGAGCCCUCCCGGAAAUACAAGUUCCUGCUCUUUGGACUUCACAAUGGGAAACGCAGUGCCCCUACCUCUGCAGAAGCCAAGACCCUUCCAGCAGUGAAGCCAUCUCCCCUCUUAGGGGAGAUGAUUGUGACAGACUCAACUCCAGACUCUUUGAACCUCUCCUGGACAAUCCUUCAAGGUCCCUUUGAUUCCUUUGUGGUCCAGUACAAGGACAAGGAUGGUCAGCUGCAGGUGGUACCUGUAGGAAAAGAUCAGAGAGAGAUCACCAUCUCCAACUUAGAACCUAACCGGAAGUACAAGUUCCUGCUCUAUGGACUCUUUGGCAAGAAACGAAUUGGCCCUAUCUCUGCAGAUGGCAUCACAGCCCAAGAAGAAGAAACUACAACUUCUUUCAUACCAGCUACUGAAGCCCCUGAACCCCAACCCCCUUCAGGACCCCGCCUGGGAAUAUUGAAAGUAACUGAUGUCUCUCCGGAUUCCUUGAGUCUCUCUUGGACGGUCCUCCAGGACUCUUUUAACUCUUUUGUGAUCCAGUAUAAAGAUAAGGAUGGGCAAUCCCAAGCAGAGCUUGUCAGGGGAAACCAGAAAAAUAUCACUAUCUCUGACCUGGAACCCAACAGGAAAUACACAUUCCUCCUCUAUGGACUCUAUGAUGGGAAGCGUCUGGGCCCCAUCACUGCUGAAGGCACUACAGGGCUGCCUCCCGCUAAGCAGUCCAUUGGGGGCCGCCUGUCCCAGCUCUCUGUGUCAGAUGUGACCACGAGUUCCUUCCGGCUGAAUUGGGAGGCCCCACCUGGUGCCUUUGACUCAUUUCUGCUUCGCUAUGGAGUCCCGGAGAUGAGGCCUUCAGAGCCACCGUCCCCUCCUCUGCUCCAGCGAGAGAUGAACGUGGCGGGGAUCCGACGUUCAGCCGUUCUUCGUGACUUGAGGCCCGGAACCCUCUAUACAGUAACCCUUUAUGGCCUUCGUGGCCCCCACAAGGCUGAUAGCCUCCAGGGCACUGCUAGAACACUCAGUCCAGUGCUAGAGAGCCCUCGAGACCUAAAGUUCAGUGAGAUCCAAGAGAACUCGGCCAAGGUCAGCUGGUCUCCACCUCCAAACCGGGUGGAUAGUUUCAAAAUCUCCUAUCAGCUAGCAGAUGGAGGGGAACCACAAAGUAUACAAGUAGACAGCCACACCUGGCACCAGCGCCUGGUGGGCCUGACCCCGGGGGCCCGAUAUGAAGUGACUGUGGUAUCUGUUCGUGGCUUUGAGGAAAGUGAACCCCUCUCCGGCUUCCUCACCACUGUCCCUGAUGGCCCUACCCACCUUCAAGCAUUGAAUGUUACUGAUGAUUCAGCCCUGCUGCACUGGAGUCCUCCCCAAGACCCUGCCGACAGAUAUGCUCUUCAGGUCACAGCUCCAGGGGUCCCACCUCUGAGGGCCUCAGUUCCAGGAAGUGCUGUGGACUUUCCCCUGAAUAAUCUUCAACUCCGGACAAACUACACAGCAACCCUUAGAGGCUUCCGGGGUCCUAACAUCACUUCCCCUGCCAGCAUCACCUUCAGCACUGGACUGGAUGCCCCACGUGACUUGAAAGCCACAGAAGUCACUCCCCGGUCUGCCUUGCUUACCUGGACAGAACCCGCAUCCCUACCUAGUAACUACUUGCUCAGCUAUGACACUGCUGGGGGGCAGACUCAGGAGAUCCUGCUCCCAGGCGGGGCCAGAUCCCAUCGACUCUCUGGCCUCUUCCCUUCCACUCUGUAUAGUGCUCGGAUCCAAGCUGUCUGGGGGGAAAGUCUCACACCGCCCGUGCCAACCACCUUUACCACUGGCGGGCUGAAGAUCCCAUUCCCCCGGGACUGUGGAGAAGAGAGGCAAAAUGGGCUAGGUACCUCCCGUACGACCACCAUUUUCCUCAAUGGAAACCGGGAGCGGCCACUAGAAGUUUACUGUGACAUGGAGACGGAUGGGGGUGGCUGGUUGGUGUUCCAACGCAGGAUGGACGGACGGACAGACUUCUGGAGGGACUGGGCAGAAUAUGCUGGCGGAUUUGGGAAUAUCUCUGGGGAGUUUUGGCUCGGGAAUGAGGUCCUCCACAGCCUGACCCAAGCCGGAGAUUACUCCAUGCGAGUGGAUCUCCGGGCCGGGAAUGAGUCUGCUUUUGCUGAAUAUGACUUCUUCACUGUGGACUCCGCGGCCCGCUACUACCGUCUCCACCUGGAGGGCUACCGCGGGACUGCAGGAGACUCCAUGGGCUAUCACAGCGGCAGCACCUUCUCCACGAGGGACCGGGAUCCCAACAAUCUACAUAUUCCUUGUGCCGUCUCCUAUCGCGGUGGCUGGUGGUACCGCAACUGUCACUAUGCCAACCUCAACGGACUCUACGGAAGCAUCAUCGACCAUCAGGGUGUAAGCUGGUACGCCUGGAAGGGCUUCGAGUUCUCCAUUCCCUUCACUGAGAUGAAGCUGAGGCCACGAAGUUACAGACCACCUUCCCAGAGGGCUUAAUCUCCGUCCCCUGCCCUGGAAUCGGCCGGCCAGCUGCUGCCCCAGGCAGGCUUAUUUCAGAGAAGAGCCAGGGCCCUGAUUUCAUGCCCUCCUCCUUUUCCCCAAAGAGCCAGAGUCAUUCUUUGGAUCUGUAGGAAAUAACUGAAGAGGAGGAUCCAUGGAUGUGAUCCUUCUAUUCACAUUACUUUCUGCAUCUAGCGGCAGUUGCCCUCUGAGUGAUUUGUGAUUUAAAAGAAAAAAAAAAGCUUGCCACAGCCUGGGACAAAACGACGGGCCAUGUGCAUAAAACUUUCCAGUCUACGUGGUUUAUAGCAGGUAAAGGAGGUCUGAGGUCAGGUGGAGACCAUGUCAUCAGGCCUCAAGGUGUGAGUGAGGGAAGGGAAGGGGUGAGGAGGACCAGAGCCAGCUUCCAGUGGCUCUCGAGGGCGUCUCCGCUUAGCUAUUGGAGGGGCCGGGGAACAGCUCCAAACUGCCCUUAGGAUGCUGGGAUGAGACCGAAAUCCCCUUUUAGUAUUCAAAAGGUCCCACCUCAGAGGAGGCAUGUCAGAAGUGUUUCUAGGUUUGGGUGGUGGUGUUUUUUUUAAUUCCUAGGCAGUGAGUGGCCGAAUGGGACCCUGAGAAGGCUUGUAUGGAGGUGGGAAAGGAAAUAUAUGAUGUGAAAUCUGUUCUACACAAGGACUAGAACUGAGCUGAGCAUUAUCCCAAUUUUGGGAUACCAGGAGACGCCUCCCCGAGCAUUAGACAUUUAAAAGUAUGAAGUUGAAUAGGGAGGGGAAAACAAACCAUUAAAGUUCCAUGAGGAA